AUGGUGCAGUCAAUGACAGGACUCAGACCCCUGCCACACUCAGACCCCUGCCGCACUCAGACCCCUGCCACACUCAGACCCCUCCCAUACUCAGACCCCUGCCACACUCAGACCCCUGCCACACUCAGACCCCUCCCACACUCAGACCCCUCCCACACUCAGACCCCUCCUACACUCAGACCCCUGCCACACUCAGACCCCUGUCACACUCAGAACCCUGUCACACUCAGACCCCUCCCACACUCAGACCCCUGCCACACUCAGACCCCUGCCACACUCAGACCCCUGUCACACUCAGACCCCUGCCACACUCAGACCCUUCCCACACUCAGACCCUUCCCACACUCAGACACCUGCCACACUCAGACCCCUGUCACACUCAGACCCCUGUCACACUCAGAACCCUGUCACACUCAGACCCUUCCCACACUCAGACCCCUGCCACACUCAGACCCCUGCCACACUCAGACCCCUGUCACACUCAGACCCCUGCCACACUCAGACCCUUCCCACACUCAGACACCUGCCACACUCAGACCCCUGUCACACUCAGACCCCUGCCACACUCAGACCCCUGCCACACUCAGACACCUGCCACACUCAGACCCCUGCCACACUCAGACCCCUCCUACACUCAGACCCCUGCCACACUCAGACCCCUGUCACACUCAGACCCCUGCCACACUCAGACACCUGCCACACUCAGACCCCUGCCACACUCAGACCCCUGCCACACUCAGACCCCUCCUACACUCAGACCCCUGCCACACUCAGACCCCUGUCACACUCAGACCCCUGUCACACUCAGACCCCUGUCACACUCAGACCCCUGUCACACUCAGACCCCUGUCACAUUGA